CUUGGCCCAGAGCACAACAUCUAUGUGGGGUUCUGGCACUGCCUAUCACAAACUGUGACCCUGAGCCAGUAGAUUACUUUGUUAAGCCUUAAAUUCCUCAUCUGUAAAACAGAGAUAAGACCACCCAUCUCAGAGGCAUUCAACUGUGAAAAUUUCAUUUAUUGUCCAAACCAAGUUUACUAAUUACUGGGUGGGCUAGGAAGUAUGGUCCUCUGGGUGAAGGUGGAUAUGAAUGUGAUUUAAACACCGUAAAACUCUGUGCACAUGUACAGAGUUAUUGCUGUUACUGCAGAUGCUGGGAAGAGCUGCUCACCUACUCAGUAACUAUGCCUUGACCUCCCCUUACCUCCUGUACUGAAAUCAGCCCUAUCUCCUCCACGUGGGCCAGUGGUGGCUUCUGCCCUCCAGUCAACAUCAGAGAGGCUGGAGGCACCUUGUCUUCCUCCCAGCCCUGCCCAUCUCCAUGACUGACCUGUUCGCGCACCCCGGACCUUGCCAACCCAAGAUGCUCACUCUAGGGAUGAAGGUGGGUGCAGAUGCUGGGGUUCAGGGGUGGCCUCAGCUGAGGGCCUGCUGACCAACCAAAGGGUAUCAGUAAGGGCAGGGGCUGGCCCUCACCCUGGGCUGGGGGUUGGGCCAGCAGCUUCUCAGCACCAGGAUCAUGACUCUGAGCAAACUGUGUUUACCAGAGCAGAGAAGGACCUAUUUAUAGCCUCAGCUGCUGCUUUCUCUGGCUCACGGUGGAGGGGGCAGGGUGGCUUCUCAGAGCAAGGGAGGUAGUCGGGUCGAGGGAACCUGGCUCUGCCCAGGUGCCACUGCUCCAAACCCUGGGCCCCAUCCAUGGCAAGGGAGACCUUCCCUUUCACCUCUUCCACGCUGCGCUCUCUCCGCCUGCAGCGGGAGUGGCUGGAAUGGGAGGACCGGCGGCGGGCAGCUGCCCAGCAAUGCCGGAGCCGCAGGUGCCCGUCAAGUCCCCGGGCCCGACUCACUAGGCCUCACCGUUCCUGCCGAGACCCAGCUGUCCACCAUGCCCUGUUCUCCGGCGACCUGCAGCAGGUCCAAGCCCUGUUCCAAGAUGAAGAGGCCGCCAACAUGAUUGUGGAGACUGUGAGCAACCAGCUGGCCUGGUCAGCUGAACAGGGGUUCUGGGUGCUGACCCCCAAGACCAAGCAGACGGCACCCCUCGCCAUCGCCACAGCCCGAGGCUACACAGACUGUGCUCGCCACCUGAUCCGGCAGGGAGCUGAGCUGGAUGCCCGCGUCGGGGGUCGCACUGCCUUGCACGAGGCCUGUGCCCGGGCCCAGCUCGACUGUGUGCGGCUGCUGCUGACCUUCGGAGCAAAGGCUAAUGUGCUGACCGAGGAGGGCAUGACUCCCUUGCACCUCUGCACGAUUCCCGAGUCCUUGCAGUGCGCCAAGUUGCUGCUGGAAGCGGGAGCGACGGUGAACCUGGCGGCAGGCGAGAGCCAGGAGACGCCCCUGCAUGUGGCGGCGGCGCGUGGCCUGGAGCAGCAUGUGGCUCUGUACCUGGAGCAUGGCGCCGACGUGGGCCUGCGCACCAGCCAGGGCGAGACCGCACUGAACGCGGCGUGCGCUGGGGCCGAGGGCCCAGGCAGCUGCAGGCGGCACCAGGUUGCGGCGCGCCGGCUCCUGGAAGCUGGAGCUGAUGCCCGGGUGGCCGGGCGCAAGCGCCACACGCCGCUGCACAACGCCUGUGCCAACGGCUGCGGGGGCCUGGCCGAGCUGCUGCUGCGCCACGGGGCCCGGGCUGAGGUCCCCAAUGGGGCGGGCCACACGCCCAUGGACUGUGCGCUGCAGGCCGUCCAGGACGCCCCCAACUGGGAGCCCGAGGUCCUCUUCGCCGCACUGCUGGACUACGGGGCCCAGCCUGUGCGCCCUGAGAUGCUGAAACACUGUGCCAACUUCCCUCGGGCCCUGGAAGUCUUGCUUAAUGCCUAUCCUUGUGUCCCAUCCUGUGAGACCUGGGUGGAGGCGGUGCUCCCAGAACUGUGGAAGGAGCACGAAGCCUUCUACAGCUCGGCCCUGUGCAUGGUGAACCAGCCAAGGCGGCUGCAGCACCUGGCCCGACUAGCUGUGCGCGCUCGGUUGGGAAGCCGCUGCCGGCAGGAUGCCACCCGGCUGCCACUGCCCCCGCUCCUCAGGGACUACCUGCUGUUGCGUGUGGAGGGGCGCAUCCAGUGAGCCCCACGUCAGGCUGUCCCAUGGUGUGUUCUGCCCUUCCCACCUGUUCCCGCCUCCAACCCCGGAGGACCAGUUCCUGGCCCUCUUUUCUUUUUUUUCUUUUUCUUUUUUUUUUGAGACAGAGUCUCGCUCUGUCGCCCAGGCUGGAGUGCA